AUGUUAGAUUCGACCAAGAGACAGACCUCUCACUACAUCACCACAGAGUUCUCCCUCCAUGAUGAUCGGAUCGUCACCAGAACUUGAAGGCUGUACGCGCCACACCUGCAGUCGUCUUUGAAGCAAGUGGUGACUGCUGUGGGGUCUGUGUGUGCUGAGAAAU